UAAAUGAAGGGGGAAGGCGCUGAACUCGUGUUCACACUCAAGAGGAGCAGAGCUGAAACCUGGGCAGAGCGGAGAGGUGUGUGUGUGUAUGUGUGUUUUCAUCACGGCGCCAUAAACAUCACUUUUGAGAGUUUAAUUAUAAGGACUUUGAGCUGCCAUGCCUGCAAAAAGAGCUACAAAGAGGCUAAAAGAGAGUACUACAGAGGACUCAGCAACCUUGAAAAAAGUGAAAGUGUCCCACAAGAGUCAUGGGCAGGAGAAGGGACUGGUCCUUGUGCUUGGACAGGGUGAUGUAGGUCAGCUGGGCCUGGGAGAGAAUGUAUUAGAGAGGAAGAAACCAGCCCUGGUGUCCCUUCCAGAGAACAUUGUGCAGGCGGUGGCAGGGGGCAUGCACACAGUUUGUCUCAGCGAUACAGGAAACAUCUACACAUUCGGCUGUAACGAUGAGGGCGCUCUGGGUAGGGAUACAUCAGAGGAAGGCUCGGAGAUGGUUGCAGGGAAAGUGGAGCUAGCUGAGAAGGUGGUGCAGGUCUCUGCGGGGGACAGCCACACUGCCGCUCUCACAGAAGAGGGAGCGGUCUUCAUCUGGGGCUCUUUUAGGGAUAACAAUGGUGUCAUUGGUCUGCUUGAACCUAUGAAAAAAUCUGUCUUACCUGCGAAAGUCCCUCUAGAUAAACCUGUGGUUAAAAUAGCUUCAGGCAAUGACCACCUGGUGAUGCUGACUCAGAAUGGAGAAAUCUACACCUCUGGCUGUGGAGAUCAGGGACAGCUGGGAAGGGUGCCAGAGCGCUUUGCCAACCGUGGGGGCAGGAAGGGAUUGAUGAGGUUGCUAGAGCCACAGAUGGUCAUGGUCAAGCCACGAGGGAAAGUCCACUUCACUGAUGUCUUCUGUGGGGCAUACUUCACUUUCGCUGUCUCUAAAGAUGGCCACGUCUAUGGCUUUGGCCUUUCUAACUAUCACCAGCUGGGUACCCAAAGCACAAAUACAUGUUUUGUACCAGUAAAGCUCACUGCUUUCAAGAAUUCCACUACCUCAUGGGUAGGUUUCUCCGGAGGCCAACACCACACUGUCUGCUUAGACUCUGAAGGGCACGUAUACAGUCUCGGUCGGGCCGAGUAUGGACGUCUGGGCCUAGGAGAAGGUGCUGAGGAAAAGAGUGAGCCUACGCCAGUCACAGGGAUCAUUGGGGCCUGUGUGGUGGCUUGCGGCGCGUCUGUGAGCUAUGCCGUCACUAAACAAGGCUCUGUGUUUGCUUGGGGCAUGGGCACCAACUUGCAGCUGGGUACAGGCGAAGAGGAGGAUGUGUGGAGUCCAAUGGAGAUGUCAGGAAAGCAACUGGAGAACCGGGUAGUUCUCUCGGCCUCCAGUGGAGGGCAGCACACAGUCUUGCUGGUCAAAGACAAGCAGGAGAGUUGAUAUUAAACCCAAAUAUUGUGGAGCUAGGCUGAACUACUGUGUCAGUGGUAACUGUAAAACCAUAGCUUGAACUGGGAUGGGGAAUCUGGGGUUGCUAAGACUUCCUGUACUGAACCAAGCCAGCCAAUUGGGCGAGAUGGUGACGUGAUGAGGGAAAGAUGGGUGGGUCUCAUCUGAUUAAUCUUUUUUCCACUUUCUGGAGAACUCAGAUCUUCACUGGAUGUGUUCCAGUAGAUAAUGAUCAAAGAGACUAUUUUUUUAAAACUAUUUUUUGCUUCUUUUUCUUAAUUCUUUUUAAUGAGAAUCAGUAUGUAGGCAUUGUGGGGAUCGCCAGCUGUGAGUGAACAUGUGCAUGUGUGUGCUGAGAAAUUAUUUCAUCAUUGAUCAGGUCUUUUAGAAAGUUCCCUGCAAUGCAGUUUUAAUAGUUCUUUUUUUGGUGCGAGCAAUAAGUCUAUGCAUCUGCAAUGUGUUCAUUACAUUUUUACAGGAAAAAAAUUCAUUUGAUAUUGCUGUAAAUUGUAUUACGCUGUUUUCCUAAAAAUGCAAAUACAAAUUGUUGAUUGCAUCCAUAAUGUGCUGGCCCUAUGGGAAGUGUAAUAAAACUUUAAGUCUU